CUCCGCGCCUGCCUCGUGUGCGGCGAGCUGCGCGGAGCGUGGAACGAUUAGAAGGGCUGUGUAACGAGAUGCUGUGCAGGGAGACAAUUCCUGGGAGAACUGGGGGCAGUAGGUGGGCGGGGUUAUUUCGGGCAUCCAGGUGGGCGACCCUCGUGGGCGUCCGGAAGGCCCGCGGCGUUAGGGAGCUUGGGAGCUGGGUCUCUGGUUAAGGUGUCGGGCAAAGGUUAAAGGGCAGCCUCCAGGUGGGAGAGCGCCGACUUAGCGCAAUGGCCGCGUCUGGGGAGCCCGGGAGGCAGUGGCAGGAGGAGGUGGCGGCGGCGACGGUGGUGGUGGUGGGCUCCUGCAUGACCGACCUGGUCAGCCUUACUUCUCGUCUGCCAAAAACUGGUGAAACCAUCCAUGGUCAUAAGUUUUUUAUUGGCUUUGGAGGGAAAGGUGCCAACCAGUGUGUCCAAGCAGCUAGGCUUGGAGCAAAGACAUCUAUGGUGUGCAAGGUUGGCAAAGAUUCCUUUGGCAAUGAUUAUAUAGAAAACUUGAAACAGAAUGAUAUUUCUACAGAAUUUACAUAUCAGACUAAAGAUGCUGCGACAGGAACUGCUUCUAUAAUUGUCAGUAAUGAAGGCCAGAAUAUCAUCGUUAUAGUGGCUGGAGCAAAUUUACUUUUGAAUACUGAAGACCUGAGGGAAGCAGCCAGUGCCAUUAGCAGAGCCAAAGUAAUGAUCUGCCAGCUAGAAGUAACUCCAGCAGCUUCUUUGGAAGCCCUGAGAAUAGCCCACAGCAGUGGAGUAAAAACACUGUUCAACCCAGCGCCUGCCAUUGCUGACCUAGACCCCCAGUUCUACACUCUCUCAGAUGUGUUCUGCUGCAAUGAAAGUGAGGCUGAGAUUCUGACCAGCCUUGAGGUCAGUAGCCCCUCGGAUGCUGGGAAGGCUGCGUUGGUGCUCAUGGAAAGGGGCUGCCAGGUUGUAAUCAUCACCUUAGGUGCUGAAGGAUGUGUGAUGAUGUCACAGAAAGAACCUGUCCCAAAGCACAUUCCCACAGAGAACGUCAAGGCUGUGGAUACUACGCACGGCAUGUGGGAUAUUGGUUCCCCGACCAGGGCUUGUACAUGCACCCACUGCAGCAGAAGCAUGGGGUCUUAACCGCUGGACCGCCAGGGAAGUCCAUUUGGCUUUAUUUACAGUGUCUUUGGACAUAUUUUUUUUUUAUUUUUUUAAAUUAAAAUCUGAUCUUUUUUUCAUUAUGGCUUUUGGGUUUACUGACUGGCUCGUGGUUUCCCUGCUUGCAAUUAUUCAAAUAUUCAUCUAAAUUUUCAUACUAUGUUACUGUUUUAUUUUUUAUAUUCAAGCCUUUAACCUACCUGGAAUUUAAUUUUGUGUAUGAUGUAAAGAGGAAUCAAGACUUGAAAUUACUUAGAGUUUGCCAUAACUCUUCAUAUGUUGUAGUAUUUUCCAUGUUUUCAUAAUACACCCUCCACCCAGCUCAUAAUUUCUCUGGUUUCAGACCUUUCUCUUGUCACAUUGCUCUGUUGUAAACUGAGGGAGGGCAUGUCUGUCUGUCUCUUUCUCCAUUGUUUCCCUCAGGAAACACUUAAUAAACAAUUGCAAGGCACCUAGCAUAGAGCUUGACAUAGUUUAGGUACUCAGAAAAUAUUUCUGGGAGGAAGGAAAGUGUUGAAUUCACACCUGAGUUACUAUGACUCCUUGGCAAGCUGAAUAUUGACUGCUUAUCUUUGUUAACAAGGGGAAAUGUCAUUCUCCUUAAAGCCAUUCAGUGUCUCAUGAGUUCACUCUGUUCCUCCUCCUAUAUCUUUGUUCUUUGAGGCCUUCCUUCUCUCUAUAAAUCUGUCUCAUUUCAUAAGGAUUCCCCUUAGGCAGGCUUUCUUCAACCAUUCCUUAAAAUUCAACAGUAUUUAUAAACUCUGCCAUACUAUUUAGCAUUUAAUCCACAAUUGAUUUUAUUCUUUUUCAAGUACCCAUCACUGUGCUAGGCACACAGCUUAGUAAAUACUUAAACUGCAACUGAAACAAUCAUGCAUACCAAGGUAUAGCCUCAAGAUUUGUUAUGAAACCUCUUGGGACUAAGGAAGCAACAAACUGGGAAAAACUGGAAAAUGACCCUGAAAGCUGUUAAAUACCAGAAUGAUUUUUCAAGUGAAAUUGUAUCACAUUUAUUUUAAAUACAUUUGUUGGAUGAACACAUGACUAGGUACUGCCCUACCUGAAGGCAGAGGUCAACAGACUUUCUUUGGUAUUUUCUAUUUCCAUGGGUCCCUAUAUGGCCUUCACCAACUUGGGCCUUUGGAGAUUCAGGGGAAAUGGAACUAAGCCUUAUAUGACCCUACAUUUAGUUUGAAAAUAACAUCUGAAUGGCUCUCACCACGUUCUGCAUGAAUUUUUAAUGGAGAAACAGCUAAUUCUAGGGCUAUGGCAGAGAAUAUACAACAUGAGCCUGGAGCAUCUUAUAAUGUCAGAAAAUAAGAAAGUGCUCAAAAAAUAAAAUGAUGGAAGUAUGUCAAAGGGACACAAGUACCAACUGAAAGAACUCCCAACUGCCAAAGCUGGAACAAUUUGAGCAACAAAAUAAAUAAUGUAGUGCUGGAUUAUAGCCUAAGGAAUAAAAUAAAUAUCCCUGAGUUCAUACUUAUAUAAGUGAGCAGCUGAAUAAAUAAAUGAGGGAGAAGAAACAAAUCUCCCAUAGAGAUUUCCAAUUUAUGGAGAUACUCCAUAAAUGGAAUUACUCCACCCUCAGGGAGGUAGAGCAUAACUCUCCACCCCUUAAGUGUGGACUAUACUCAGUGAUUUGCUUCCAAAGAGCAAGUAUAAAAAGAGAAAGUAACUUUACAAUGGUGAAACCUGGCCAAGACUACCUUAGCCAAGUGCUCAAGAUUAACAUCAUCAGUGUAAGUCAUGUUGACAGUAUGUACCCUUGAUACGACAUGAUGAGAAUGACACUUCACCUUUGUGGUCUUCCUCCCCAAAACCAUAAACACAGUUUAAUCAUGAGAAAAACAGACAAAUCCCAAUUGAGGUACAUUCUACAAAAUACUCAACCAGUCCUCAAAACUAUCAAGGUCAUCAAAAACAAAGAAUGUCUAAAAAACUGUCACAGCCUACAGCAGUCGAAGGAGAUAUGACAACUAAAUGUAAUCCAGGUAUCCUGGAUGAGAUCUUGGAACAGAAAAUACACAUUAAGCAAAACUAGUGAAAUCUGAAUAAAGUAUGUAAUUCAGUUAAUAUGAUAAUGCUAUUAUUUCGUUAGUGGUGACAAAUGUACCAUAAUAAUAUGUUUACAGAACUAGAUGUGGGGUAUAUGGAAAUUCUCUACUAUCCUUGUACCUUUUCUGUGCAUCUAAAACUAUUUUAAAAUAAAAAGUGUACUUAAAUAUUUUGAAAAUACAGUAUGGGCAACAGAUGGCUACAUGCUUAUCUCUACAACUGUGCUUUUCA